GAUCCUUUGCCGCAGCGUCAGCGCCGCCGCCGCCGCCGCCGCCCCCUCGUCCGCCGCCGCCGCCCGCGCCUCCCCGACGCGGCGCCCGCAGCCCGCGCCGAGCCCCGGGCCGCGCGGUGCCAUGCAGCCCCGGCGGCGGCGCUGAAGGAUGGCGACACCCGUCCCUCCGCCCUCGCCGCGACACCUGCGGCUGCUGCGGCUGCUGCUCUCCGGCCUCGUCCUCGGCGCGGCCCUGCGCGGAGCCUCGGCCGCCCGCCCGGAUGCAGCUGCCUGUCCUGGGAGCCUGGACUGCGCCCUGAAGAGGCGGGCGCGGUGCCCCCCCGGCGCGCAUGUCUGUGGGCCCUGCCUUCAGCCCUUCCAGGAAGACCCGCAGGGACACUGUGUGCCCAGGACACGCCGGCUUGUGGGGGAGAGCCUGCCCAGGCCCAGACUGGAAGAUGAGAUUGACUUCCUGGCCCACGAGCUGGCCCGGCAGGAGCCACGGCACUCCAUGCUCACGGCUCAGCCCCAGCCUGAAGCUGGACAGCGGCCGCUGGAGCCGGCGGCCACCCUGGGGCUCUCAGAGCGCCGCCAGGGCCCCGACCUGGGCCCCCCCUCCACUCGAGGAGCCCCCGCACCCACGUCCCACACCUCCUUGGGCUCCCCUGUGUCCUCUGUGCCCGUGCACGUGGCCCCCUUGGAGCCCCGGGGCGGGCGCGGUGACGGACUCGCCCUCGUGCUCGUCGUGGCGUGCUCGGUAGCCGGCGCGGCCGCCCUGGCCCUGGCCGCCCUGUGCUGGUGCAGCCCGGUGACCAGAGGCUCGCGCAGAGCGCCGAGAUGUACCACUACCAGCACCAGAGGCAGCAGAUGCGGUGCCUGGAGCGGCAUAAAGAGCCGCCCCAGGAGCUGGAGUCCUUGUCCUCAGACGAGGAGAACGAAGACGGUGACUUCACGGUUUACGAGUGCCCGGGCCUGGCCCCGACCGGAGAGAUGGAGGUCCGGAAUCCGCUGUUCGACCACUCCUCGCUGUCCGCGCCCCUGCCACAGUGACCUGAAGGCUGCCUCUCCCUUCUCCAGGACUGCACGGCCCUGGGGUGGGGAGGGGCAGGGCACACCGGUUCCCGUUAAAGAGACCUUGUUCUCGCAGUGGGUGUGCUUGUGGCUGGGCCAGGGCACCAGAGGGGUGGGGGCGGGAACCCCUUACGGAGGAGACUUAGCACCCUUCUGCCGGGACCUUCUUUUCUUGCACCUGUCCUGUUGAGUCCUUACCCCCAAAUGAGGGGACAGGGAGAACC